UACUUUCACUUGAAAAAUGCAUUGCGGCAACAAUUCCUUUAGAUUUGAUCUGUAGCGCUUAAUUCCGUUUGAUUAAGAUUUUAUUAUUUUAUAUAGUUUUAAAAUUUUUCAUAAUCGUUGAGAUGGUGUAGCCUAAUAUUAAAUAUUUUUACAGCAGUUGAAAAAGAGCUUCUUAUUUCAGUAGAGAACCUGAACAAAAAGUUAGAUACAAAUAAUGCCUUAAUAAGUCAACUUAUUGGAAUGCUUAAACAAAACAGGGAAGCAAUUUUGGUUGAUGAACCUUUCGAAAUUCCAGUAAAUGAUGAGUCAAGCUUACUCAAAUUAAACGAAAACAUCGAAUCAGAUAAGAAAGUUAUGAAUGCACUGAGCAUGAAAUUGGCAUCCCAUGGUGGCUCAACAAUUAAGAGGACUGUUUGGAAUUUAAUUCCAAUGGUGAUUGGCACCAAUAUAGAAAAAAAAAUAAAUUGGUCAGGAGCUAACAAUAAGCUUGCUUUGAAAACAAUGCCUUUAAAAAAAGUUUUAUUGGAUGCUGUUAAAAUAAAUCCUUCGACUUCAGGAGCAGUGUCUGAAGAGGUUGAACGUUGGAUAAAAAGAUACUUUCAACUUUCCGGUGAUCGAAAUGGCGGCCGUAAAGCUCGGGAAGAUCUUAAAAAUUCGUUGCAAAAAUAAAUAUUUGAUUCAUUCAA